UACUUACUCACCAUGGCACGUACUAAGCAAACGGCCCGCAAGUCCACCGGUGGCAAGGCGCCCCGCAAGCAGCUUGCCACGAAGGCAGCUCGCAAAUCUGCUCCUGCCACUGGAGGUGUCAAGAAGCCCCACCGUUACAGGCCAGGAACCGUGGCCCUCCGUGAGAUCCGCCGUUAUCAGAAGAGCACCGAACUGCUUAUCAGGAAGCUGCCUUUCCAGCGCUUGGUGCGUGAAAUUGCCCAGGAUUUCAAGACUGACCUCCGCUUCCAGUCCUCCGCUGUCAUGGCCCUCCAGGAAGCUUCCGAGGCUUAUCUCGUGGGUCUCUUUGAAGACACUAACCUGUGCGCCAUCCACGCCAAGCGUGUCACUAUCAUGCCCAAGGACAUCCAGCUGGCUCGUCGAAUCCGUGGCGAGCGUGCCUGUGUGGCUCCUAUGGAGCCGGAGACGGCGUGCUUUGCCAGUUCGCCGGGCAGAAGGAGACGGACGGCAGUCUGGAUCUCCCGGCUGAGUGCCAUUUAUGUAAGCAAUCCUGCUCAGGAUCGCGAGUCGCCGCGAGAGCCAGCCUCCCGGAUUCAUCGCCUCCUGAGGAAGGGCAACUACGCCGAGCGAGUGGGGGCUGGCGCCCCCGUGUACCUUGCAGCGGUCAUGGAGUACCUGGCCGCCGAAGUCCUCGAGCUUGCCGGCAACGCCGCCCGCGACAACAAGAAGACUCGCAUCAUCCCACGUCACCUGCAGCUGGCCAUCCGGAACGACGAGGAACUUAACAAGCUCCUCUCCGGGGUCACCAUUGCACAGGUUGCUGUUGUUGACACCAAAUUCGAGACACCAGAUUUAACCGCCAAAUCCGUAGAGGGUACGUCCCUGACGCUUGAGGGCGUAGACGACGUCCAUGGCAGUGACGGUCUUGCGCUUGGCGUGCUCGGUCAGAAGCGGUAUCAAGGUCUGCAGGCGGCGGGUGUUGUUGCCUGCGAGUACCUGCGCCGUACAGAUGCAGGCUUUGAUCUUGAGAUCCGCUUCUGCUGUUUUCCGGCCCUGGGAGACGAUUUAGGGCGGGGAGAGGGCGUUCAGUUUGCCUUCCGAGUGACCUCUCUGGCCUCUGCGCUCAACUCGCCCAACUGUUCGUUCCGAGCGGCAGUAACUUACUUACUCACCAUGGCACGUACUAAGCAAACGGCCCGCAAGUCCACCGGUGGCAAGGCGCCCCGCAAGCAGCUUGCCACGAAGGCAGCUCGCAAAUCUGCUCCUGCCACUGGAGGUGUCAAGAAGCCCCACCGUUACAGGCCAGGAACCGUGGCCCUCCGUGAGAUCCGCCGUUAUCAGAAGAGCACCGAACUGCUUAUCAGGAAGCUGCCUUUCCAGCGCUUGGUGCGUGAAAUUGCCCAGGAUUUCAAGACUGACCUCCGCUUCCAGUCCUCCGCUGUCAUGGCCCUCCAGGAAGCUUCCGAGGCUUAUCUCGUGGGUCUCUUUGAAGACACUAACCUGUGCGCCAUCCACGCCAAGCGUGUCACUAUCAUGCCCAAGGACAUCCAGCUGGCUCGUCGAAUCCGUGGCGAGCGUGCCUAAUAAGUGUGUCAUCCAAGGCAAGCAAGCAACAACAAA